AUGAAUCAAAGUUAAUAUCAAGUUGCCUUUAAAAACUAUUGGUGUCAUCUAUGUUAAAAGGAAUCACAUUAUCGUUUAGAGGGUGAAUUAAUAAAUUCAGAAUAAUUCUGUUAAAAUUGUGGAUGUGUUUUAGAACAAAUAGUUACCAAACAAUAUCAUCCCAAACAAUUCUAAGUCUAUCAAUAACCAGUAAGAUUACAGAGAGUGUAUUAUCACAUAAUUUUCUAUUAAAAUAAUGACGAUGAACAUUAAAAUAAUGGAGCCACUGAAGAUCAAAUUAAAAACAUGAAGAGAUAAACCCAUGAAGGGGAACAGGAGCAGACUUGUUACAUCUGUCAAGAUGAUUUCAAAAAUGGAGAGUAAAUUGCCAUGAUGAAUUGUAAUCAUGGUUUCCAUGAGGAUUGCAUUGCAAAAUGGUUGAGAAUGAACAAUUCUUGUCCAGUUUGCAGAUGUAAACAAAAUUGAUUAAUCUUUGUUAUGUGUUUUACUUCUCUUAUUAUUAGCAGUAAAAUAUAAA